AUGAUGCAGCUGAAGAGCGGGGAUGCAGCGGCGUAUUACCACAGCGCACAAUACUGCACAAACUACACUUCACCCUCCCUCAGCUACGCCAACAGCAGCCAUUAUCUAACCCGAUUACCAGGCCCAAACAACAUGUUGAAGCCUCCACUGAGUCUCUUCAGCCAUCCCCAGCAGCCUUUCCAACACAUGGACUCUCUGCACCAGCUGGGACCUCCACCAAUGGCACCUACGCAGCCUCUCGGCCCUCCACCCAUCGCCCCUGCUCAGGCAAUUGGACCUCCGACUAUGGCUCCUCCCCAGAAUCUAGGGCAUCCUCCCAUAAGUUCUACUCACACGUUGAGGCCUCCCCACAUCACCCCACCACACAGAUUAGGCCCCCCUCCAAUGGCGCCAACUCAGUCUCUGGGUCCCCCACCAAUGCCGCACACCCUGGGGCCCCCGCCUGUUGAUCACACACAAGCAAUAGUGCCUCCAAACAUGGACCUCACACAGCCAUUGGGGCCUCCACCUCUGGCCCCUGCACAAACACUGGUGCACCCACCAGUAGUGGCGCCCAGAUUCCCCCUCCCUCCCAGUCCUCUGUCAUCCCCUCCUGCUCCAGGCUCAGACCCUUCACAGUUGCUACCACCACAUCCUCCGGGACCAACCCUCAUCCAGUCUCCAGUGUCCGGCCUCAUCCCCCUUCAACAUCCAGUUCAGGCAGCUCCAGCCAGUGAGCAGCUGCAAGACGAGGGCUCUCCACUGGGUAUGGAGGAGCAGGAGGACUCUCUGGGGCUGGAGGAACUGUGCAAACCACUGUACUGUAAACUCUGCAAUGUUACCCUCAACUCUGCUCAGCAAGCACAGGCUCACUACCAGGGGAAGAACCACAGUAAAAAGCUGAGAAACUUCUACGCUGGCAGUCAACAGCCACCGGCCAUUCGGAUCCCAGAAACCCUCGAUGCGUCUGGACAGAGCGCCCUCAACUCAGGAUCCAACGACAGUGACGCAGGCAGGCAGGCGCUGUAUAAGGGGGCAACCCGGGUCAUUUUAGCCACAGAGAACGACUAUUGUAAGCUGUGUGACGCCUCCUUCAGUUCACCGGCAGUUGCACAGGCCCAUUACCAGGGCAAGAACCACGCCAAAAAACUGAGACUCGCUGAGGCCCAACAGAACGCCAGCAGCAUCGAAGGUAACAACGAAGCGGCCCCUAGAAGAAACAGGAAAGACGGCAGUGAGUACAAACUGGUGAAAAACCGUCGCAGCCCACAGCUACCUGCCUCCAUGUCAGGGCCGUAUUACAACCCCAGACCAAGGCAGCGCAUCCCCAGGGAUUUGGCCAUGUGCGUGACUCCCAGUGGACAGUUCUACUGCUCCAUGUGCAACUGUGGAGCCGAGCAGGAGACGGACUUCAGGCAGCACCUGGAGAGCAAGCAGCACAAAGCUAAAGUGUCGGAGUUAAGGUACCGCCACGAGAUGGAGAACCUCGGCUACAGCUAGUGGAAACAGAGAAGCUGCUGGUGGCAAAUGUGUUUAAUAUUACAUGAAGGUGUUACUCAAAACAGCCUCAAGAUUUUACUGUAGCUCAAAAUUUGAGCUUGUUUUGUGGUGAGGACAAAAGGCUCAAGAAUACAAUUCAGAGAGAAAUCAAGACGUGAAAAACUAGAGAGAAACCGUUGAAAAAGACGGAGAGUGCAGGUUAUUUCUGGUACAGGCCCUGCAGCAGAGACCACUUUAGUGACCACUGGGCUCAAAAAGUGCAAAUUCAACAUCUUUAUAAAUGAAUAGAGGCAAUAAAAACCUAAAACACAUAAUAAAAAAACAAAAGCACAAUGAAUAAUAUCAUCGGGUAGAAGCAGAGGCCGUUCACAUGUAGCAUGUCUUUUGUGUGUGUGUGGACAAAAAUGUGACCGCAUCUGCCGUGAAGUGCCUGUUUUCUGCGCACGCACAAACCUACGGCCGCCUUUGUUAAUCACGUGACAGGAAUGAACCCAUCGGCUCCUCAGGAUGACUGGGAUGUAAAGAGUUUUUUUUACGGCAGACGCUCCAUCUUUGGAUACUCAGGCCAACCAUUCUAAGAAGUAGGUCAAACUGAUGCGGCUUCUGAAUCAGUGAGUGAAUUUCUCUGCCAUUUAUUUGGCUUUUGAAGAAUGAGGCGCGUCCAUUAUACUUAGUUUUUAUUUCAGUUUUUUCUUACAGUAGUCGAAUGGGUUGAUUAUUAUUCACCGAGGCUGCAGAAACCAGGUGUUCCAAGCAUUUCAGAUGCGACAUGUGAACGGCCGCAUAUGUUUAUGCUUUAGUCGACCGCUUUUCAGGAAAAAGACAUUGGUUAGCCUUGUUUGUGCCUUUAGGAUGAAUAAGGCUUGGUAGUUAACCAUGGCUAAUCAUUUAGCAUUGGUAGAAAGUAUUGAUUGGAUUUUCUAUAUUCUUUAAAUCUUGUGUAAAUAUCCUCAAAUGUCAGUAUAGAUAUAAAUAUAGUUAUGAUAUCAACAAUUACUGCUGCCUCUUUUGGUUAAUGUUAGCUCAGUAUAUAUUGUAAACACUCAUUUAUUAUUAUCUAUUUAAUACUUAUCAGGACCUCUUGUACAAAGUGUGCACUGAUUGAAUGUGGGCCCACUAUGUUUGUGUCCAUACACCACGUUUGUUUAUUGAUAAUGUAUAUCUGGUACUAUCUGGUUCGUCUUUAGUUAAAAAGCUGCUGGUGUCAAGUGUUUCAGACAAAAUAUAAGUUGAACGGUGCUGUGAUGUGGGAAUGUCCAAACAUGUUCAACACUCUCACAAAACACACACACUCUAAUCCAUUUGCAAAUGAAGCUUGUGUUGUGUUUCUGUUUAAGACAAAUUGAAUUGUCCCAAUCAGUCUCUGAAUCCCAGAGGAGACAUCACCAGGUUUAACUGAAGUGUGAAACGACUGCAGUGGAGUUUUGUCUAAAUUCACACACUUCUGUUUUUUUGUUUUUUGAACAAAACCAGGAGAACCAGGUCCACCUGUUUUUCAGUGUUUGACUCAUCCUGAAAAGAACCGUUAUGUAAUUUGCAUACAUUUUGAAUCCGUUGUGUCUGUUUAUCUGAUUUUCUGUCACGAUUGCAUCCAAAGACGACUAUUGGCAUGUUUCCAUUGAGUGGGUUUGAGUGCGUUUCCAUUAGAAAGAGUACCAAAAUAACUAGAGAUGCACCGAAAAUUCAGUUAAAAAUACUUGGG